AUGGCGGAGCCCGCGGACGAUAAAUCCGCACGGCUCAGUACCAUCUCGCAACCUGUCCGCACCUCCCUCGACAGCGUUUCUCCAGGCGUUGCCCGUAUCGAGGCAACUGCGGAGCACCUCACGACUGCCAACCGAGCGUGCAUCCUCUUCGGUGUGCUACUCGCAGCAUGGGCGUACGGUUUGGAUAGCAUCCUCAGGACCGCAUACCAGCCACUUGCUGUCAAUGCCCUGAAGGCGAAUGCGCAGCUUGCCACAGUGACAGUUUGCAGAGCUGUCAUCGGUGCCGCUGCUCAGGUAACUAACACGGUGAAGCCCACGGCAGCUAAGAUCGCGGACGUCUUUGGCAGGAUGGAAGUGCUUGUGGCCUCUGUCAUUCUCUACGUCCUCGGCUCGGCAAUUGAGGCUUCUGCCAAUAACCCUGCGACUCUCACCACUGGCAGCGUGUUCUAUCAAAUCGGCUAUACGAUGGCCGUGCUGAUCCUGGAGGUCAUUGUCGCCGACACUACGUCCCUCCGAUCCCGCCUGUUCUUUUCCUAUGUCCCAGCCAUUCCGUUUCUUGUCAAUACCUGGGUAGGGGCCGAAGUGCUGGAUGACAUUCGAGCUCUCGGAUCCUGGCGUUAUGGCUUUUGGAUUUGGUGCAUCAUCUAUCCAAUCUGCAAUCUUCCCCUCUUUGGCUCACUUUGGUGGGUCAAUCGUAAGGCAAAGAAAGCAGGUACCCUCCAACAGUACAAGACGCCUGUCCAGGAACACGGAGCGUGGGCAGUCGCAAAGGCCUUAUUCUGGCAACUUGACGUCGUUGGGCUCGUUCUUACCGUCUGCGUCUUCGGCUUCCUCCUUGUCCCUCUGACUAUCAACGAAGGGAAUGGUCAGACUUGGGGCCAAGCAAAGUUUAUCGCUCCGCUUGUUACUGGUGUGCUAUGCAUCCCUGUCUGGAUACGUUGGGAACGCAUUGCGCCGCACCCGAUGGUACCCUUUUAUCUGCUCAAGGAUCGUGCCGUAUGGGGUGCGCUUGCGAUCGGGUUUUUCCUGAUGUUCUCUUGGGCUUGUCAGGCCGACUUCCUCUUCCUCGUGAUGCGAGUGGCUUUCAACCAGGGGGAGAAGGCGACCACUCGCAUAGUCGCUCUCUACAGCUUCUGUUCGACCUUGGCCGGCAUCGCUGUCGGCACGGUUGUCUAUCGCGUGCGCCGCCUCAAGCCUUUCAUCUUGUUCGGCACCUUCCUCUUCCUUGUUGCCCUCGGACUAAUGAUCUACUAUCGCGGUGGCGUCGGCACGCAGAGCGGUAUCAUCGGAUCUCAGGUUCUUCUUGGGAUCGCUGGCGGCUUUUUCCCAUACGCGGCACAGGCUAGCAUCCAGGCUGCCACCGACCACGAGCAUGUCGCCGUCGUCACUGGUUUAUAUCUGUCAAUGUACAACAUCGGCAGUGCAGUCGGAAACGCGAUCUCAGGUGUAGUAUUUUCUCAGGUUGUACCAGGGCAGCUGCGAAUACGCGGGUUAAGCAACGAAGCUGCGGACAAGUGGUACCGUGAGCCGCUGGAUCAUGUGAACGCCUUCCCUCCGGGUACAGCUGAGCGCGACACUGUGAUAGAAGCGUACAAGUACUUCCAGAGGAUUGUCUGCAUCAUCGCUGCCUGCGGCUGCCUUGGAUUGAUCGCCUUCGCUUUCUGCAUUCGCAACCCAAGGCUUCCCGAUACACAGUCUCUUCCUUACGAUGAGCUUCCGCAGAAAGAUCAAGAUGUGGAGCAGCGCGAGUCUCAUUUGAUGGAGACAUACCCUAGCUGCACCUCGGUCAACCGCAGAUAG